GCUUUGUUUUUCAUGUACUGGGUACUGCUUCUUCUGUCUUUGUCGUGGCCCAUCCUAAGAGGCUUGGAGACGGCGAUUCCAAAGUCUCACUCCUCUUCACGUCAACUCAAUUGUGAUGUCGCACAGCGCGGUUUUCACUUAAAUAUGCAUUGCUUAUUGAACGGCCCUGCCAACUGUCGUUGGGAUACUUGUGUGCUCAAGUUCCGCUUAUCACGGGCGAUGUACGCUGACCCAUACGAGCUGCGAUCUAAUCAUCCGGGGUUCAACAUCACAUUCGCAAAGCCCAGAAAGUCAGACACUCCACCGUCUCGGUUUGGACGUUUUUUGUCCUGGUUUACUGGCUCUGAUCCUCAUCAAACCGGUUAUGGUUCUUUCGACCAGUUUGCAGAGUCUGAGGAGUCCGUGAACCAAAGCGAGAUCGAUAUUGAAGCCCCGGAUUGGACAGCAGAUCCCAUGACUAUCAAUGUAGUUCCUCAAUCGGAUGACCUCCGAAAGGCAAAUUCCCUUGAUGUUCCCUUGCAUUUAAGAUACAGGUUGCCCAACGAUGGGGAUCGGGACACUUAUCUGGAACACACCGCAGUCCCUCAUCCCAUGCUCAAAUGUACUGAUGGGGACGAUUUCAACAGCUGGGACAAUAUGCCUCCUUUCGAAGUGGCCGUCCCGUCACCACCCACAAGCGACCUGCUGUUGGUCAUGCCUGUGACUAUAUUGUUUCUAACUGUGGGUGUCUUAGUGCUACUCUUUGCCUAACGCUCUUUCUCAGAUAAACUGCUUGGAGCUGUCUACACACAUACUGUUCUACGUUUCCCAUGUUAUCUGUGCAUUCCAUCUUUUCUACCCCCCACGUUUAUAUGUUUUUGAGUUACAUUUUUAUUGCCUCAGUAGUUGGUCUUCUCUAGUUGUCUCUGCCCCACUCCCAGAAAUAGUCUCUACAUAUCUAAUGAAGAACCUACACAACUGUGCUGCUCGUUGAUGUGACAACCGCGGCUAUGGUCAGCUAAGCGAAGCGCGUUACCAGAGUAUUUUUCUCUUCGUUUCUGCUUGAUGCGAUCAUCUAUCGGUUGGAUUCUUUGGGUAGCAUUUGUUGGGUUUUUCCUUGAACUUAUUGCUCCAUAUUGAUAUUAUUAUUCAGCAUAUUGAAGUUUACCUUCAACGCAUAUUUCCAGUUCAAAUAUAUACAUUUCCGUGACUA